GGACGGAAUACCGCGCGCAUAAUGUAGGUCGCAAGCCUUUCCGAUCGAUAGGCCACACGUGGCUAACAUGCACUUUCAGAGCUGUAUGACAGAAGAACAAAAGUAUCAGGGCGCACUAUAUAAACCGAAAAGACAAAAGUCUAACGCUGCCGAACCCUCUGGCAUGUCCACCGCUAUGGCGCAUAACGCAUACGUCGAGGACGCGACGGAGGAUUACAGCGACUUCCAACAGUAUCAGGUCUACGAGGAUGAAGACGGCAACACACACAACCUACCCCCGGAGGCGCCUACUCCUCCGUCUGCCGUCGUCGAUGAUCCUAACGUGAACGUUUUCGAUUUCUUGGUUGAUCACACACCAAACGUAUCCAAUGUCAACCUACAAUACUUCAAUAACCCCACGCAGGCUAGUGGUGGGCGACAGCUUAUUCGAUUCGACCAAAAGGACACAGACAAUUAUGUAGACCCGACAGGAUACAUGGUCGAUGAUGAAGACAUGGUUCAAUACGGAAAUGGCGCUGUGCAACCUAACCAGUACGAGACGCCUGCGCCUAAGUCUCAACGAAGAAAGUCGAAGGAUGGUAGCCGUGAAGUUAUGACGGACAAGAAGCGCAAGCGGCUACACAUUGAGACUGGACCUUUAGCACUCGACCCACCACCGAUGGGCGACGAACUAAUGACCGAUGCACCUCCUGUUCUACACUCUGGCCUGACCGGAGGUCUCAACCGUCUCAUGCGCCCGCCUCAAUUCCCUCCUUCGCCAGAUUAUUCUGGUGGCGACGGUGGAGAGAACUCACCUGCGAGCCCUAUCAAGAAGACGAAACAUUCCAAGACUCACAAGACAUCCAAGCCUAGUCGGCCGGAUGGUCUCAGUGGUGGCCUAAAGGCCUUCAUAUCCGGCACAUCAAAGUCGAAGGUAUCUAAGAAGCGAAAGCACUCGUCAUCAGAUAAGGACAAGAAGGAGAAGACCCGGCAUCACCGUCGAUCAAGCUCCGAAAAGGCUCCUAAACUGAUUGAGUAUCGAACGAAGUCCAGCGACGAGAAAGAUGGAGAGUCUGGUCAGAUGAUCCUCUACAAGCCGAGAUCCGACCUUUUCUUGAGCUUAUGCAACAAGGGACCCGACAGUGAACGGGGCUGCAGUGUGAACAAAGCCUUGAAGAGAUACCACCGCGAGAGAUCAUCGUCUGGUACUAGCCUGGGUAAGUCGUCAGAGGAGAAAGAACUCUGGCGAUCAUUACGGAUGCGCCGUAAUGAGAGAGGUGAAAUCGUUCUGUUCUCGAUUGAAGCCUGAAGGUAUCAAUAAUUGGUAGAAAAGAAACGGCGUUUGAGUAAUGGUUGCUUUUUUGGACGGAGGGAGGUAAGGGGUGCUAAUAUGAUACCUAGGCGUGACGGAAUGUGUUGGUGUUUGAACAGGAACUACAAGAGGGAACGGGCAAUCCGGAAAUACUAGCGAUGUAUAACCACAUGGAAAACUUAUUGCUUCCGAGCUGGUCUUGAAGCCUCAUUAUAGAGGAAAGUCACAUCGAAGUCGCAAAAAGUGGAUUGGAUUAUUAUUAUUUAUUGGCUUGUCACUAUCCACACCUUUAUAUUUCUUGGAUGUCCUUUUCGAAUCGUUAUGUUUGAGGAGGCACGGAGAUAAUAAUAGUGUGUAUGCUUGGGAGGCUGUUAGAGAUUAUUUCGAUCGCACUUAGAGCAUACUGUAUUCCAUAUAUGGAUUUCAUAUGUUCUGUUCAUCUGCAAAUUAAAUAC